CGUCUAUUCACCCUCGCUCCCACCAAGACCGCAUAGAUACCAGGAGCCACCGUCAAGCUGACGUCUAGAGGCCUGCCCUAACACCACACCGCGCUCGACCAGGGAACAAAGCGCGGCCUUUUCACCACCCACCACCUCUAAACCCCGACCGCCAACCUCCCCUCUUCUCUCCACCCCCAACUCCCACAACCACAGCCAUGGCGACCGAGGACGCGCCCGCCCGGCCACGCCCCACCACUGCGCCCAUCUUCCGCGCUCCGAAGCAGGUCUCGCGCCCCAAGGAAGUCCAAACUGUGGACGAAGAACUCGGCACUGAGCUGCGCCUCGGCGAGUUUGAAAACGUGGCCGCCCUGUCAGUCAGCGAGGCGCGCACCGUCAUCUCAGCCGUACACAACGCGAGGCGGAAGAAGGACCCGGCGACAAAUCCACUCGGCGGAGACAAGAUACAUAAUGACUCGGAAGCCAUCAUAAAAUUCAUCGAGUACAUGGACAUGUUCUCGCGCUUCAAGCAGAGCGAGAACAUCCACGCCCUCUCCAACCUCCUCUCCACCCGCACCGAGUUCGUCCCUGUGGAACGCGCACAGCUAGGCUCCCUACUCUGCGACAGCGCUGACGAAGCGAAAACCCUCAUCCCUUCCAUCGCCACCAAGAUAUCCGACAACGACCUGCAGGAGCUCCUAGACGAGAUGCAAAAGCUACGUCGCUUCAUCGACUGAAACAUUUCGCAACUUUCCGUGACAAUAAGACUUUUCAAUUCCCCCAAAUUUUCAUCACCAAACUAGAAUGCGUGCAAAAAGCAGCCUGGCCGCGAGGACGGCCGAUCUUGACAUCAAUUUCGAUCCGGAAAAAUUGGGUAUUGGCGCGGGCGGCAGGUGUAAGAUAGGCGUUUCACAGAUACCACAGAGGUUCCACUCGCGGCGAAACCGAUACCAAUUUUGCCUUCAUGGGGGUAGGAAGCUGGAGUUAAUAGCGGCUACUUCUCCUGCAUCAGACCGUAUAUGGUAGCCCAACCGAAGCGAUAACUAAUAAAAUAUGAAACCCUUGAAAGAGCGAUUAGCUCUUUGAAUCAAGCUCAUCUCUGCUCUUCAAAGUGCAUGCUUAUCCCUUCCAGAAUCUGCACUGAGAUAUUGGAUGGAAGAUAGAGGCAGAAAUACAAAAGGGAGAAGGUGGGUAGAUCGAAU